GGGCUGCAGUGUCAAGUUUCAUAUAUUCAGUGUUAACGCUUUUUUUGGCUUGUUUCAGGUCCUGUUUUGGCAUAACAGUGAGAUUCACGAGACUCCGCCAAGAUGUCUUACAGAAAAGAGCUAGAAAAAUACCGAGACCUGGAUGAAGACAAGAUCCUUGGUGCUCUGACGGAGGAGGAGCUCAGGAAGUUAGAGAAUGAACUGGAAGAGCUGGAUCCUGAUAAUGCGUUGCUGCCGGCUGGGCUCAGGCAGCGGGAUCAGACACAGAAACCACCAACUGGCCCAUUCAAAAGGGAGGAACUCAUGGCCCACCUAGAAAAGCAGGCGAAGGACGUUAAGGACAGAGAAGACUUGGUUCCUUUCACUGGUGAAAAGAGAGGAAAAGCUUGGAUCCCCAAGCAGAAGCCGAUGGAUCCUGUUUUGGAAAGUGUGACACUGGAGCCGGAACUGGAGGAAGCCCUUGCUAACGCCUCUGAUGCGGAGCUCUGUGACAUUGCUGCCAUCCUUGGCAUGCACACCUUGAUGAGUAACCAGCAGUACUAUGAGGCACUGGGGAGCAGCACCAUCGUUAACAAAGAAGGGCUCAACAGUGUGAUUAAGCCCACAAAGUACAAACCAGUUCCUGAUGAGGAACCAAACUCUACGGAUGUGGAGGAAACUCUGAAACGAAUACAAAGCAAUGAUCCUGACCUUGAGGAAGUCAACCUUAACAAUAUUAUGAAUAUUCCCAUACCAACUUUAAAAGCUUUCGCGGAAGCGCUGAAAAAUAACACCUAUGUGAAGAAGUUCAGUAUAGUUGGGACACGGAGCAAUGAUCCUGUUGCUUUCGCACUGGCAGAAAUGCUGAAGGUCAACAACACGCUGAAGAGCCUGAAUGUGGAAUCAAACUUCAUUUCUGGGUUGGGGAUCCUGGCUGUUGUCGAAGCACUCCAGGGCAACACAUCACUCAUAGAGCUGCGCAUCGACAACCAGAGCCAGCCCUUGGGCAACAAAGUAGAAAUGGAAAUUGCAGACAUGUUGGAAAAAAACACCUCCCUGCUGAAGUUCGGGUACCACUUCACUCAGCAAGGUCCGCGGCUCCGCGCCUCCAAUGCCAUGAUGAAUAACAACGACCUAGUGAGGAAGAGAAGACUUGCAGAGUUGAAUGGGCCUUUUUUUCCCAAGUGCAGAACUGGAGUGUAGUUCCUGCCUAUGGAGGUCAUUCCCGGUGAUCUGUCCUGCACUGUGGAAAUCUAAAGGCGAUAAGUGCCUUGACAGAGUAUUUGUGGUGCCUCGGUUCUGUUUUAUGCACUAACAGUUUAAAUUAACUAGUGGCUGUAGUUGAAGAUUUUAUCCAGUAGGACUGUUGAUGUUUUCUGUAGAAUUGGAAACUAUUCAAGCCAGUAACGACCUGCCAAUUUUAGGCAAUCUCAGUUUAGAGCACAUCCCAGUGUAAAAGUGACUCUUAAUUAACACUGGGAACUGAUUUUUCCAUAAACUUCCUGUGUAGUGUAUCAUGCAGUUAGGAUGUGGUAUGCAUGAGUGAAAGAUACAACUGUUCCACACAAAUUAGAGAAGUAUUAAAAAAAUACUUUAUUUU